GCUGCCUGCCGCCACACAGGCUGAUCGGAAGGAGCGCGCUGGGCCGUGGAUGAGUGCGCGCAACAGCUGCAUGGAUCUGAUCAGAGUGGCAUUCUUCUCAGCUGGACGCAGAAAUUGGAAGACGCAUGUUUGGCACCAAGUUAAAUAGGCGCAGUAACAUAGCUUGCAUGUUGCGCGCUUUCGCGCAGCAGAUUGCAAUCUCCAUCCGGUCCAAGAAAGAACUCUUUCUCAAGCUACAAGAUUGACUGAUAUUCAGGAUGUAAACCUAGUUUCUGGCAGAUUCGUGUGUUCUAGCCUUAUAGUAGCAAAAGCAGCCUCGCAUUGCGAGUCCACAUCAGCAGCAUGACCUCAGCGCCCGCGCAGCUGCCCCCAGUUAUGGCAGGGGGGCCAGGCAAUGCCAGCUACGAUGAGAACAGCGCCAGACAGGGGGAUGCUUUCAGCGAGCUGGGGGGACCGAUUCUCAAGCACGCUUUGGGCCAUUGGUUGCAGCUCAGAAGGGAGUUGAAAGCUGAGAGCAGUCAGCAAACUGUUUGCAUUGCUGACCUAGGAUCAGCAACUGGGAAGAAUGCUGUGGCGCAGAUGGAGCUGAUAAUGCAUUGGCUGGCUUUAGGAAGUGCGAAUGAGCCCCAGGAUGAGGGCAGCAACUUUUUAUGCACUUCAGAAAGGCUUCAGGGGGGAAGGGCUGAGAAGUUGGACGGUGAUGCAAAGUCAGUGGAAGAAGAAAGUCAGAUCCCAGAGAUUCCAAAGAUUCCGGAGAAUAGUGGACAAGAGGAGCCAGAGGCUUCUGCAAAGACCGCCGAGCAAAGAGAAGUCAACCAGAGUGGCAGGUCGACGGACGCGUCUCUGCUGAAAAACAUCGGCACCUCCGCUUUACAAACUUCUGAAAUGAAAGCCUCCAGGGGCGAUAGUCACUUUGACCCACAGAUGGUGCUAGCCUUCUUCUCAGACCUGCCAGACAAUGAUUGGGCCACUCUCAUGGGGCACAUUCACACCGCCAGCAAGCGACCAGAAAGUGGGGGGAUAACCGGGCUGCCCUGCCGAGUGGCAGCUGUUCCCGGGUCUUUCUACGAGCGGCUGUUCCCGGACGCAUUUCUGGACGUUGCCACCACUAGUUUUUCUUUGCAAUGGCUCUCAAGACUGCCACCUGAGGCGGAAGCCCCCGGGUGGAACCCCGGUCGCAUCUGGUGCUACAGAGACGCGCCGUUGCACGUUGCGGAAGCCUACCGCCGGCAGCGCGAGUCAGAUCUGCGACAGUUUUUGGAGCACAGAGCCGCGGAACUGCGACCUGGCGGCUUGCUGUGGGUCUUCAUGCCGUCGUGGGACGACACCACGGAGGGCUGUCGGAGUGACACGUUGGUGCGCGUACUAGAAGACGCGUGGCGAGAGCUAACGGAAGAAGGGGCUCUGGAGAGCCACGUCAUUGAUUGCUUCAACGUUCCGGCGUACUACCCAACCGUGCCGGGGGUUUGGCAAGCGGUGAACGAGAGCGAGGCGUUCGACAUCCACGCGCUGCAAUACGUACGUAGCAAGAGGGGAGCAGACGCCGACCAAUUGGCGGGUGGAAGUGAGCAAGGUCCCCGCCGGUCCUCUCCCCCUACCGCCAACCAGGUAUGGGCCGCGUUCCAGCCGCAGGUUUGUUGCCACAUGGGCACCGAACGGGCCAACCGGUUAUACGAGCGGAUCUGCGAUAACCUGGCUCAGGAGCCGGGGAGAUACCCGGGCGGCAUGACCGUGCUGUGCGCCGCCCUCUUUCGGAAGUGAGUGAGGUACUGGGCCAGCAUAAAUGAUCGGUGGGACGCUAGAACUUCCCCAACGAAUAAGUUCGUGACGGAGGAUUUGAAUCAGGGCGGAACGCAGUCGCCCGUGCUUCCAUUGCAAAAGGCGAUCAAGGGCACUCUGCUAAUUACGAGCUCGUCCGUGCAGAAAACGGUUUUCCGGGCCGGCACUUGGAACUGUGCCACAACAGGUUACCUCCUAAUCUUUCACCUGCAAAUCUAGAAAUACGCUCGCCCGGACCUGGUAGGACUGAGUUACUACGCUCACGCAGCCAGGCUGGGCAGGCCGGGCUCCGGCCGCUCCGUGUCAUGAGCACCGUUUUCUCGUAUGCAGUUGUUAAAAAGUAUAUACUGAAUGGUUGCCGAUGGAC